UAAAAGCAGCACUUAACUUUCUGCGAAGGUGUUCUCUGGCAUCACUGGCAAAAUGGCGUUGCAGCAAACUAGCCGGGUCGUGAGGAGCUUGAGAUUUCUGCCGUGUUUAAGCCAAACUCGGUUUUCACAGUCACAGUCCGGCGAAUGGGGCAGUGGCUCUGGGAAGGGUGGCGGCACCGGUGGCAGCGUCCGUGAAGCUGGCGGUGCCUUUGGCAAGAUGGAGGCGGCUAGGGAGGAAGAGUACUUCCGCAAGCUGCAAGCUCAGCAAAUUGAGGUGCUCAAGGGGCACAUUGAAGAUGAAAUCAAGCAACACGAGAAACUUAUCAAGCAGCACCAGGAUGAGAUAGAGAGGCACAAGAAGAAGAUUCGGGACCUCAAGGAACACUGAGCUGGGGAUUUCGGGCUCGGGCCCCUCACUUAUUCCGUUUUUUGUUAUUUUUUCCCCAGUUACCUGCUGUACGAGAGGAACAAGGAGCAACCUCUUUGAGCUGUGUUUUUGUAGCUAGGGCAGAGUAAAAAAGUUGCAAGAUUGCA